CUUGUCUGUUUGUCAGUUCCCGACGUGCAGAGCAGCUGUGAGGACCCGCUGGCCCGGGCUGCAGCGUUCGCGAAGUGAUCUCAGCGGCAGAUCCUACAUCUCUGCACUGGCGGAUCACUCCCCUUCCCUGUGCUUGACAUUCUUUCUGCGCGAUAACAGUAAGACCGAGAGCUCUUGUCCGCACCGGGGAAUGAAGCUUGUGCGGAGCAACACUGAGGGGAUGUGCUGAUAUAUGAGAGAGAGGAUUCAGUGCUUAUCGGAUGGUGCAUCUGCUGCUGCAGCGCUCAAACUCGCACAUCGGGGACACUGGAAACCUUCUUCUGCUAAAUAUUUAUUCUCACACUGGAUCUUUCACCUCCUUCAAUUGAUCUGAAGGCUUUGUUGUGUCGCUCUUUAUCUACUGUGACCUGCCCCGUGGAGUUUACAGGAUUCACGCUCUCUCUCUUUUUUUUUUAUAUGUAUUUAUUAUUUAAAUUCAUUUUCUUUUUUUGCGCUCUCCCCUCCCUUCUGUCUGCCGUUAUAUUGAUAUGAAAACACUGCCGGCGGCUCUGAAAUAAAUGGAAUUUCCCCUGACAAAAGGCACAGACAAGGUACGGCCGAUUUCAGGCUGAGAUCUUGGAGAGUUCCUUUGGGUUAUUCUUAUCAAGGAUUUUGUGCUGCUAAUGUUUUCCUCCUGUUGUUUAGGAUUGAUCAUUAAUCUGGAUUAGUGCAAGGCUUCUGUCUGCUACAAAAGUUGACACUUUUAUCAAUGGGCUAUUUUUAAAGGCUCUAGUCACUGAAAGGCUGAACCCCUGUCAGAUAUUACAUUGGAUUUCCCUUGCAGAUAAAAGGAUUUCAUGGAAUAUUUCUGAAGAUCUAAUGGCUUGGAUUAAGUUUUAGGGUUGUUUAAAAAGACUUGAUUGUUGUCAUUGGAGCCUGCCCAGGAGAAACUGAAGAUUUAUGUGUGUCUACCUGUCCAGCUGACCACAAGACCAUUUAACCAUGUUGGCCUGUCUUCAGAGAACCCAGAAUCCUCCGGUGAAGCACGUCAUAUGUGCAAAUAAGAGUAUAGAGCAUCGAAAGUGUGACACCGUAACGCCAAUGCAGAGUGCUCGGUAUCCCAGCCCAGCAGAGCUCGAUGCGUACGCACAGAAAGUGGCUAAUAAUCCCUUGGCCAUUAAGAUCUUCCCGACAAACAUCAGGGUUCCCCAGCAGAAGCACCUAAAUCGGACUGUAAAUGGUUAUGACACUACAGGUCAGCGAUACAGCCCUUACCCAAUGCACACAGGUGGAUAUCAAGGUCUGCUGGCCAUUGUGAAAUCCACCAGCAAGAGCGUGGUGAAAAAUGCAGAGGGUAAACGGACUAAGAUAUCUUCUGCACAUUCUGCUGUUGCUCCAUACCCUUUGUCAAGCACUUUAACACAAAGCCAAACCUGCAAUGGACAGCUGAAUUAUCUUGGGAAUCAGAAGCAGCUGGAUGUUCCUCCCAAUGUCACAGUAGCAGCAUCUGUCAUUCCGCUAAGCAGCAGAAAUUUGGCACUUCAACAAUCUAAUUUGCCCUCUAUCCAGAGUAUCAUUUACCAGAUUAACCAGCAGUGCCAGGCUCAGGCCUCUCACCAGGCCUGCCAAGGGGUAGUGGUUACAAAUUCUAGUCCAUCAAAACAGGGAAUGGUUAAUGGCUUCACUUCCAUGACCGGGAAUGCUGUGGUUUACUCUGGGACUGUUUUGCAAGACUGCAGAGGAGGCAGUGAACUUGCUCUGGGUUCUGCUCCUUUAGUAACUAAAACUGGAUCUUACCAAGAAGGCAUGGACUAUCUUAUUUGGCAGCAGAAGCAACAGCAACCCCGAAUCUAUAGUGGUGGCAGUGGUGGGGGUGGGGCAAUUAGCAAAUCUCCUGAAGUUUGCCUGGGAAUGUCCCGUCCCUAUACGCUUGCUAGUGUAGUUGAAAAAGUCAGCUCCUCUCCUUUGAACUGUGUUGGCAUGCAUGGUAACUUUUCUGUCGGGCAGUAUUUUGCCCCUCCUUGGAACAGCAUCUUGGUCACACCCAACAGUGACUGUUACAAUCCACAGGAACUUGCCAAUGGGCACAGAGAUUUGGUAGUACAUCCAUCAGAUGGGUUAACGAGUAUCCCCAGCAAGACCCUUUGUAAUACCUCGAUACUUAGCAGUAGCCUUCAGUCGUUGGAGUAUCUCAUCAAUGACAUUCAUCCACCCUGUAUCAAAGAGCAGAUGCUUGGCAAGGGUUAUGAGACGGUGUCGGUGCCAAGGCUUCUAGAUCAUCAGCAUGCUCACAUCCGUUUGCCUAUUUACAGAUAAAAAGCCCUGCCCUUUUCUCUUAUAAAGUGAUCAACGGUACAAUGGUUCUGCAUACUGACUUAUGCUAUUAAGCUUGAAAAGGCAUGUUUCAUAAGGGCAGAGGGCAGGGCUUUUGAUGGGUAAACUGUACCACCAGGAAUGCAGCGUACCAGGAGCAGCUCAGUGGCCAAACUGGUUCAUCUAUUCUAAUGUAAAGUGCACUGCCGGUGGCCAAAUCCUUCUGGCGCCUUAUAUGUUAAUACAGAUGUACAAGAAUAGCAUGGCCUAAAACCAAUUCCAUCAUUAUGUCCUGGGAUGCUGUAAUGGAGGGAAGCUGCCAGUUGUACCAACAGAGGUCUGAAUAAAAUCAGGUUCAAUUCCCUAAAUUAUCUUGAUUUUCCUUUCUAAUCAAAAUGACCAAGAUAUAUAUGUGUGUGUGUGUGUGUAUAUAUAUAUAUAUAUAUAUAUAUAUAUAUAUAUAUAUAUAUAUAUAUAUAUAUAUAUAUUAAUUUAAAUACAAUUAGCAAGGUUUGAUUGAAAAACUGCAAAGAAAAGUCUGACCGUUAUAGCAGAUAAUAAAGUUGCUAGAGAAUCUAUUUAUUUAUUUGUUGUUGGGGUAUUUGAGUUUUUUUUUAUCCAAUUCUCUCUGCUACAUUCCUCCACUGCCACUCUAGGCUGCUUGUUUAAAGGGAAAAUCACAUGAUAACAUUUUUAUUGUGUAUCCAAGUGCAGGGCUACUUGUUACAUAAAGCCAGCAAUACUUUCCUUCAAUCUCUCCACCAGCCAAAUACAUAAACAUUAUAUAAUAAACAGUACAGCAGCCCUAUCCGCUGCCUUGUGGCUUUAUUUCCUGUUUAGUUUGUGGUUUAAUCCAUGCAAAAAUAUUUAAGUAUCUUUUAUUCUAAUACAAUACAGUAUAUUACAUGCACUUUUAUCAUUAAAUAGCUAAAUGAGUUAAUAUAAUGUAAAAUCUUGUAUUUAUUGGGGAUUAGAUCUAGGUGACAGCUCCCAGUACUGAGCAAGAAGUUGGAUAUGUGCAUAUAAGGGUUGUGUAUGUAUCUAAUGCUGUAACCCUUCUGGGUAGAUGGACGGAGUUUAUACUUGGCGCCUGUGGUCACAUAUAGAUUAUAUAUGAUUAUAGGAGGAUGAACAUUUGUCGUUUGGGAUGCUGCCAAUAGAUAGCUUACUCUAGGACAGUUUGGUCUCUAGUUAGGAAAGCUAAGACUUCCAAAAUCUCAUUAUUCUCUGCCUAUGAUGCAAAGUACUGUAAUAAUGAGAAUUGGAGCUAUGGUUUUGUGGAAAAGAAAGACCUCUUUUUAAUUUGUAGACAUUUCUUUCACUUUCUUGCUCAGUGAAUUGCAUGCAUAGGUGUGUAGGCUAUUUUGCACACAGAACCUUAUUUACAUAAGUAUGUAUUCACUGAAAGAAGAAUAAUAUACUGUAUAUACCACACUGAAACAGUGAAAAUUUACCAAGCAGUAAGUGGUUUGCUCCAGUUCAAAUAAUGCAUAGCAACCUACAACAAGCAUCUAGUAUUUAUUGGUCAUGCUAGACCUUUUGCUACAUUAACCCCUAAACACCUCUCUGAUAUGGGAAAUUAUUCCCUUUCCAUAAGCGGCAUAUGCAUGUUCUUUAUCAUAUGGUUAGGGACUUCAAUACAGAACCUCUUGAAUCAAAGCAGAUCUCCAAUGAAACAGUGGCUAAAUUGCCAUGCAGAUUGUUGAAGGCCUGCUUAUAGUUACAAAGCAAUUUUUUUAUUUUUUUUUUGUUUAAACCAAAAGCUAUACGUGAUUUGCUUUCAGAGUUCACAAUUGAUCUGGGUAAUGUCUGUUUAAUACAGAAGUCCCUUGAUUGUUUGGCUUGGACGGCUUUUGUAUUUCUACAUAUGCUGGAAUGUAUGUUGGGCUUUCAUGACUUCAUGGAAUAAUAUUACCUCAAAUGAAUAGGGAAAUAGUAUAAGGAUCAGUACACAAAGAAAUUCGAGGUCUAUGUCAUAUCUUUUUGUUGAUGAAAGAAUGUGCCUGAAGAAACCAAAAAUUAAAUGAUAUAUUGCAUAUAAUGCUAUCCUUGUAAGGGCUAAUACCUAAUGAAUUGGUUUCCAGGGAUCCAAGUUUUCUUAGUUUUUUUCCCCUUUAGGGCAGAGACACAUGGUCAGAUUCGUUGAGACUAAUCUCCUCUUCUUUGGGGCGACUAAUCUCCCCGAAUUGCCUUCCCGCCAGCUAGAAUUUAAAACGCCAGCGGGAUGGCACUCGGAGUGCUUUGUUUUCCGAAGUCGCCCGAAGUUUCCUCAUGUGGCAACUUCAGAAAACUGAAGACUGAAAACUGAAGAAACUGAAAACUAACAUCAAAUUUGUUAAAUUUAAAAAAAAUUUAAUGAGCAAGCUGCCAUCAGUGUUCACUUCUAACUAUAGCUAUAUGGGAAUGAAACCCUGAGACAGCUUUGGGGCCUAGAAAGUAUAGGAGGGCCACAUAGCCUUAACUAAUUAGCAGUUUCCGUAUAUAUGUUAUUAGAAAUGUUUAGGGAAGAGCUUUUGAUAUGAAACAUAACAAAAGUGGUGUAAAGGUGAUACCUAACCAAGAUGAAGAAGAAGGAACUGCAAUGUUCUGAAAGCUUGCUGUGAUUAUCAUCUUGGUUAGCCAAUAAAGGUAUCAUUUUUACACCACUUUUCUUAUGUUUCAUAUCAAAAGCUCUUCCUAUAACUUUCUCAACGGGCUAACACAUUGCAAAAAACUUUGCCUAGAAAUGUUUAGAAGAUUUUGCUGUGGGGCCCAAGCAUUUUUUGUUAGUUCACUGUUUCUAGCCUGUAGCUUGUAUCUUAGACUUCAUGGGAUCUAAUGUUAAACAAAAGCAAAAGUGCCUGCCCAUGAUGUCCUUCAUCUAUGAAUCCAAGUAUACACCUUGCAGUAAUGGUAUAUUCUGAUUUAAUUUUAAGAUGUGCCAUCAUUUAUUACAGUAAUGCUACCAUUAAAAUUCCCAUUGGGUGGGCUACUAAUGAUUCCAAUCUUAAUAAGAACAGAGAUAAAAUUAUAGGAAAGCCAAUUUUUUUUUACAGAAAAGGUUGCAACCUUUAAAUUAGACUGUCGGUGAGCCAUGUGAUACAAAUAUCAUCACUUUCAAGCAUUGACAUCAACCAAUGAUAAAGAGGACAUUGCUAGGUACUAUUUAUAUGGGUACAUUAUAUGGUUAUUUAUGUAUUAAAUAUAAGCACAGUUUAAUUGAUGUACACUCACACCCUUUAGUUCAGAUGAAAUAAAUCGUGGGUCAUGCAGCAGAUAUGUCAUUAGUUCUUGUUGGAAUUAACUUUAAGUAUGACAUGGCAGUUGGCAGAUAAUGUACAAUUAAGGGCUGUGUUUGGCUGUGUGGUUCCUGCAUUUGAAGUGCCAGCCUGCAGGAUACUUUUUUUUCUCUUUUUUUUGGCAGUAAUAGUGUAACUGUAUGGCUCCAUAACUUUCUUCAAGCCAAAAAUGUAAAGAUAAGUACUGCAUAAUAUAUAACAUCAUGUGGCAGCGAAGGAAUGGAUUUUCAUCAUAAAGAGCAGAAUUGAUAAAAUUACUUUUUUUUUUCCAUUGUUUCCCUGAGACUCAAGCUACAAUUUGGGCAAUUUUGUGUUCAGAACAAAGUACAGUAGGUUCCUAGAAUGUGAAUAGGGGAAAUAUGUGCAAAAGCUGCUAUUUUGGAGACAAAAGAAUAUAUCAAAUUCUCUUCUGCUCUGAAGGUCAGACAAAUAAAAUCUAUAUAGUAACAAAAAAAAAUCUUAUAUUUAUAAAUGCCAGGCCGAUGUUGCUUUAUUUUCUGGAAAAAAUAAAAUCCUCUUCUGUCUUUUGUUCUCUGCUACAUAUACAGACUGAGAAUGGGUCAAUAAACAAAAUGUUAGGCUUAUGUUAACCUUCUGUAAUGUUUUCUUUGUGUCCAUAACUUGCACUAAUAGGAAAAAAUUAGAACUGAAAGAGAAUGAUGGAGGAUAUUUAAAAUCAAAACUUGAAAACUUGAAUAUCAUUUUUUUGUAGUGUAAUCAUGUGUAAAAUUUACAUGGCUGCUAAAUAACAAACAAAAAAACAACAAAAAAGCAGAAAAUCUUUCCUCCCUCUCUUUUACUCUCUUGCUUGAGAAUAGCCUUUGAAAUCUUUGUAAAUUUUGUUUUUUAUUUCUAUUUUAUCCCUCACAAGAAAUGUUGAACUGGUUUCCUUGAUUGAAUUUGCUUUCUAGGAGGAACACUAGGCCAGGAAUUGAGACAUUAGUGUUGUUAGAAUGUGCAAUCUGUGAAUCUGAAUCUUUCUCUUUGCUUAUCUCAGUUCCAGAACCCUUUUUAUAUCAUGCAUUAAAUAAAAGAAUUACAUUUU